ACUAGUCUAGUCUCUCUCUGUUUAUUUACUGAUCCAACACACACCAGAAGAUAAAACGGUCUUCUUCUUCUAAGAACCAGUCAUGGGAAGAUCUCCAGCUUCUUCUUGUCUCCGUCUCAUCGCCUGCUCCGGCGGUGAUGAUACCGCCGAUCCUAACGCCACCGCCGUCGAGAGCAAGAGCUCUGGUGAUAAGCGUGGAUGGAGUUUCAGGAAGAAAUCUGGGAAACAGCGAGGGUUGAUUACUAGUGUAGUCUCUGAAACUACUCCUGCUUCGAGGACAAGAGAAACUCUUGAAUCUGCUCUCCUUAAAUCUCCGUCUCCUGAUAAUAACAAUGUUUCUGAAAAGCAGCAGCAGUCAUUCUCUGUUGAUGAGAAGAAGAGUCAGUUACCUGUUGUUACCUAUGUGGCUGAACCUGUGGAUGAGAAAAAAACACAGUCCGUUGAAGAGAAGACGGAGUUGUUGUCAGUGGAGGAACAGAUUGACCACAGAACUGAGGUGUCGCCUGUUAUUGUGGAAUCAAAAGGGACUGAGACUGAGGAAGAUGAUUUGAUUGGAACUGAAUUGCAAGGACCAAUUGCUGCUGAGGCAGCUAAGAUAGAGAAAGAUGUUACUUCCGAGGUUGAAAUUGCUAGUAAGGUUGAGCCGGAAGAAUCUGAAACCGAUGAUGUGAUUAUUAUCAGAAAAGAAAGUGAUGAAAUAGUUGAUGAGAAGCUGGAUGAGUCUGUUGUCGUGGUCAUCCAAGCUGCUAUUCGUGGAUUCUUGGCGCGAAGAGAGCUUCUGAGGCGCAAGAAAGUUAUUAAACUUCAAGCUGCAGUUCGUGGCCACCUGGUUAGAAACCAGGCCAUGGGAUCACUGCGUUGUGUCCAAGCUAUUGUCAAGAUGCAGGCUAUGGUCCGUGCUCGUCAUUCCACAAAAGAUGGUAGCCGGGUUUCAGCAAUCUCGGAUAAGGCGGAAGGAAAUGCAGCUGCACAAAAACUUCUCGAAAACAAGUUUGCUAAGCAUCUAAUGGAGUCAACUCCCAAGACAAAACCAAUCAGCAUUAAAUGUGAUCCAACAAAACCUAGUUCUGCCUGGAAUUGGUUGGAGAGGUGGAUGUCUGUUCCAAAACCUGAGAAGACUUCAAAAGCAGAUUUGACAACGGAAGAGCAACAGUUGGAAGAAACACAGAAUGUUAAAGUAUCACCUCAAGUUGACUUUUUGAACUCUGACUCAACGGUAGAGACCAAAACGGAAACUGAUUUGUCAAGCUAUGAAGCAAGUAAGCUAGCAGCUCAGCAUGUGGAGCUAUCUGAAACAGAGAAAAUGAGCCAAUAUGAUUCACCAGAAGCAUCAGCGGAGGUUUAUUAUGACUCAAUCCAGUCUCAUCCACUUGCUGCUAAGGAACCAGAUUCUUUGCUCGAAGAGCCUGAAUAUGUGGAUGGACAGCUUAAACAUUCUUUGAAGCGUAAGGUUAGCAACCCUUCUUUCAUUGCUGCACAGUCGAAGUUUGAGGAACUAACUUCAUCUACUGGUUCAAACAAAGCAAUGGCGCUAUCUUCUAAAGAUGGUGUUUCGGGUGAAGAAGGCAAAACAGAUAUAUUAGAUUCACCAGGCACAACAAACACUAAAAAGGAUCUGUCUCUGGAAGAUGUUACUCCAGCUGAGCUAAGUGGAUCCGAGUGUGGCACUGAACUCUCUGUAACUUCUUCUCUUGACUCACUUGAGAAGAAGUCAGACGCUGAAGGUGCAGAGCCCAGGGUAGAAGCUAAGCUUUUAGAGGAUGACACUUUUAAAGCAGACCAAGCAGAGUUGAUAGAAAUUGAUGUUAAAGACGCAACGUCAUUGGGUACUGUAGAGGACCCUAAGGAGAAAGUUGAGAAUGCUAAGGACGAAGUUGAAAUCUCAGUGACACAGCAUGAAUCGGUUGUUAGUACACCAGAUUCCAAAAAGAGACGGGCUGAAGAUGAAUCAGGGCCUCAAGCUUCCCCGUUAUCUGAGGGAGCUUUAACUCCAAUGACAAUCACUGAAUCUCAGGCAACACCGGCAAGCCAAGCAUCUUCUUCAGUCAAAGCAAGGAAGGGAAAAUCCGAAAAGAGUGGUUCGAGCCAAAAGAGGAAAGUUAGCAAGAAAAUAACAUCAAGCCCGAAACAGGAAAUUGGUAGUGGUGAGGCUACAGAACAAGAAGAAGGGAAAGAACAGAAAAGCGUGAGAAGAAAUUCUUUCGGGUAUGAUCAAGAAGCAAGAGAAAGCAGCGGAGGCAAGAACUCUCUUCCUCGGUUCAUGCAGCCAACACAGUCGGCGAAAGCCAAGGUUCAAGAACAUAACUCACCAAGAUCAAGCCCUGAUCUUCAAGAAAGAGAUGUUGUUUCGGCCAAGAAGAGACAUUCUUUGCCUGGUAUUACCAAUGGGAAACAAGUUUCUCCUAGAAUCCAACGGUCUGCGUCUCAAGCACAACCGGGAACAAAGGACAGAAAAUGGCAGAGAUUGAAAAAAGAAGUGAGAGUUUCUGUAACUAUGAGGGCAUUGCACAAAAGGGUAUCUUGGCCACCAGAUUUUAAACUUUGUCAGGUACGGCUAUUCAUAUCAGAGGAUUCACCUUCACAAGUUGGAUCAGAGUCUCAAGAUCACUUGCAAGCAAAGUCACCAUUGGCUUCACAUCCAAAUGAUGAUAAUCUGCCACCUGGUUUUGGUGGACCUCUUUCCGCGAAUGAGUCCCAGAUUAAGUUAUCAGACAUCCCAGUAAUAAAGUGGAAAUGCUCCGUCCGGAUUCUGCUAGAUGAGGAAUGGAGAGUGGUUGCAGGGGACGAAAGCAAAGAAGUGGAGGUCCAAAAUCAGAGGGAAUCGAGAGUUCUUGAAGCAUUUUAUCCUGGCGCAUCAUCUAUUCCUCCAAACCCUUCGGUUUCAGCUGAUGUUGAGAACUCACUUCAUGAUGAUAAGCAAACCAUUGUCAUACCCAUCCUACCUGUAGAAGACGAUGACAUAGCUAUGGAUUCAGCAUCUGAUUUCCCAACCCAAUCUGGCGUGGAUGUGGUAACAGAGCCAUCAAUAACGGAUGAGAAUACAUCAACUUCUUCAAUCCUCCCUGCAGGGCCAGAGAUAAUGGCUGCAUUAUCUGCAAUCUCAAACAGCAAAGAACAAGGCAGCAGCAUGAUCGACCAGGAUCUGCUUAUUAAAAUCCUAAGCAACCCUAAGUUGGUCGAGAAUCUUGUUGCAAAUUCUGGCAGUGCAGGUUCAGUAUCCUCCAACGCAAGUAGCCUCUACACAUCUUCAACACAUGAAGCCAAUGGAGUAGUAACUACAGCACCUACUUACUCAAAUGGACAAUUUUACCCUCAGCCAUCCAUAACCCAUAUUCCUCCCAUGGCGUAUACUCCUCAUGCUCCUCCAGACCAACCGAACUAUGGAUUACCGCCAGCACGAGAUGCUAGUUAUUACAAGAACCUGAUUCAGCAACAUGGCGGGGAUAGACAAGAGAUGCCGCCAGUUCAACAACAUCUUGGUUAUCGUUACAACCCCCAACCUGGAGGACCUAACCCGGAGAUGGUAAAUAGCAAUAAUAAUAACCAGAGGCCAAGGGACUCAAAACCCAAGAUAAUGAAGCCUUGCAUGUACUUCAACAGCACGAGAGGUUGUCGCUAUGGAGCCAAUUGUUUGUACCAGCACGAUGCUACUACACCUUACCAGCCGAGGAAUCUAAACAAUGGUAAUAUCAACACUUCUGAGAUGCAGAAUGCAAAAAGAAUGAGAUUUGACAGAGACUGAUGCAGAAUUAGCAUACCACACAUGCUCUUUGCCUCUUGGUGUGAGAGCUUGUUGUUUAGCAGCAGAGCAAUUUUUCUCUUUCUCUUGACUGGCUUUGCUGCUAUAUAAGUUUUAUAUACAUUUGAAAUCAUUUCUUGGUUUUACGCCACAAAUGUAGAAUUAAUCAGCGAGUAUCUU